CGAAAAGAUAUUCUUAUUUCAAUUUAAAAAAUACAUUGUAGUCUUUUAGAUCUCUCACAGGAGAAAAACCAAAAAAUGACGAAGUGGAGCGUAAAAUUAUCGAACACCUGUUCGUUAAAUUUCUUCGAAGCGUUAUUGCGCCAUGUAAUUGUAAAAGAAACCCGGACCAAGAUCGAGCAUCGCCAUACGAUCGGCUCGAAACCUACAUUUGUGAAAUCAUCCAAAGGCUCGAUGUCUCGAGUGUGUACCAAGAGUCUAGGUCUAGGACGCAACUUGAGGCCCGUUGGUCGCAUGGAUGCUAGAGAGAGAAAAAGAGAGAAAGAAAGACACAGAGAGAGAGACAUUUUGCAACACGAGGAUCGUCCAAAAUCGGUUAAUUCUGAGGGCAGAGGGUCGAGGGAUUGUGGAUGGACGGGCAACGAGAACGUGGUAGGUGUAACGUCCACCGGAGAAAGAGAGAAACAAACACAAUUGAAAGGACAGAGGAGAGGCAUGGAGGGAGAGGGGAGGAGAGAAUCGUCUCACAGCUGAAUUACUCUCACUUGAGAGGCCCCCGUCUCUUCUUCUUUGUGGGGGCUUCAAGUAUCCCCCUGCUUCUCGUGGGGUAUAAAGGACCCUGGUCUACCUUGCUCAGAGUCACAGAACAGAGCGGCAUCGCAGAAGCCGACAUGAAUCCUCUGAUCGCGUGUAUGAUAGUCGGUCUAGCAGGGUUCGCCCUGGCUGAACCACCGAUCUCGUCCGGCUACAGCUACAGCAGACCAUCCGGAGGGGGUGGUUACUCCAUAGGUGGUGGCGGUGGUGGAUACACCGCCGUAUCAACCGGCUACCAAACCAGCGAGGGAGCAUCCGUCGAUGGCGCGUUGCUCGAACAAAUCCGUCAGAUUUUGCUGAGGGAAGAACAGAGCAGUGGAUUCAUAGGUGGUGGUGGUGGUUAUGCCCCUAGCUCGAGCUAUGGCGCUCCAUCCAGUCAAUACGGUGUACCAAGCUCGUCCUACGGUGUACCAAGUUACCAGACACGCGUUGUAGGCAUCGAUCUCGAAGGAAUCAGGCAAGCCAUCCAAGUGGCACAGUUCAACCAAGUGACCCAUGGGCCUGGUGGCUAUCCAAGCGGACCAAGCGGAAGCUACGGAGUACCAAGCAGGCCAAGCGGUAGCUACGGUGCACCGUACUAAAACGGUCAUACAUCAGAUUAAACUACAGAUUGGAUGAUGGGAGAGCAAGAGAGGGAGAGAAAGAGUGAGAGCGAGUGAAGACACCAGUCGACCACCGCGACUAUCUUCCGAGCUGAAACUCCUAACGAACGAGAGAAACGAAGGUUAAGGUUGAAUCGAGAAAAACCAAAAAUAGAUUAAUCGAUAGUAAAACACAAGACAAUCCAGGUUUCUAUAACCGGACAGAAGAAUUUCUUUCAAGCGAAACCUAUCCUCUUCUAAAGUCCGCUCGGAAGGUCGUCGUAAAAUGGACGGAUCGUUAAAAAGAAUACUAUAAUAGAAAAUAGAAAGAUGGUGCUAUUUUCAAAGCACGAGGGUCGUCGUCGUUCGACGAAUCAGGAUUCUCAGGGGUACAGGACGAGGAUGAAAUCAAAGGUGUACGUAUAAGCUAACAUCGAGCAGGGAUUCCAGAGGCUCCUGUUUCGUUGAAAUCAAUUCGUCGUCGUUUCAACGGGCCACGAUCCUCCGAGGAAUCGCGGGUGUACGUACUAGAAGAUAACAGAAGCUCCUGGCUACUGGCUCGUUGGAGAAUAAAAGGUCGUCGCUUCAACGGGACAGGGUUCGAGGAGUGAACUUGAACGUUCGAACGAACCGGCCACAUAGAUCUAACGAUCUGAGCGUCGACGAGGUGUCCAUCUUCUUAUCGUACCAAAAUCGUCGUCGUCGCGGUCGGAUCCACGAGGGAUCCAAAAACGUAACCAGUGAUAGAAACAUACGAGUCGAAAACACGAAAAGAAACAAAUCGCUAUAGAGAACGAUCUCAUAGGAGAUUCGACGUAAGUUACAUUCGUUAUGACUUCGAGAUGGCAUAGCCGUGGAGCCGAAGCCGAAGUCGAAGCCGUGAUCGGCGCGAGAACGCGCCUUGUAAAUACAAUUUACACACGCUUUCCACAGCGUUCGCUGCGUCAUCCGACAGUACGAGGAGGAACUGAACGCGUACAUCAUCGAACCUGGUCUAACAGUUACUUCAAGGAAGAUCGAACAACUUAUCUAAAAAGAAAAAAGAAAAAAAGUAAUGAAAAACGAGGAAUAAAAGAUAAAAAUGAGUUCGAGGAACGGAGCGAACGCUGACACGAAAUACAUACGUACAUACAAGGAACACAACACAAAUACAUUAUAUUUUUUAUAUGUCUCUUAAACGCUAUUCCUUAACUAUGCAUCUUUUUUUAUACUUGUAUAAAGGCUUUUUUGUAGAAAAAAAUAAAAAAAAACGUCGCCACCGUUGAAA